CUGUUGUUGUGAUUUAAUGCUAUACAAAUAAAAUUGAGUUCCUCAUACAGGAAGGAUGGGAUUAUAUAAAUCACCUGUGAUGUUUUGUCUUUGUUUCCAACUUAUCCAAGGAUAGGAUCGUACACUUUUGGCCACAUUUUAAAUAUACAGUAACGCUAAAGUCAGGAGAAGACAGGUUGGUGUGUAUAAAAACUUUCCUCAGAAGUGAAUACUCAUCUGUCUCUUUCUAAGAAACUUCCUGAUAGGCAGACUUUUUGUAUCUUUUGACACAACCUGGCUCGUUGUAUCACAUACCUUUCCUUAUUUAUUCUAAGUCAGGCUAACUGGCUUUCUUUGAAUGUAAGACUUGUAGCGUCCAGGAUGGUGCAGAGCCUGUGUGAACUAGUGAACUAGUCAAGGUGUGUGUGUGUUUUAUCACCAGUUACAGAAGUGACUCUAGCUGAAGAAUGGGUCUAUGUUUGCUUUGUUCUGUGUACCUCCCUCCCUUUCUGACUGUGCCAAGAAGGCACAGGCAGGUAUUAAGAAACAUAUUAAAGCACCUUCGUGCUUGACAUGCCCAGUUCAGAGUGCGUCCAAGCGAGCUAUACCUCAGCAGUGGGUCCCACAUCUUGGGAUUUUCUUUUUUAGUGCUCUGUUUCUACAAUUGGGUUCAACUGACAUCUGAAACAACACCAUGAACUGGAUCUUCUUGGAGGGUCUCCUCAGUGGGACUAACAAGUACGCCACAAGAUUUGGUCGAAUCUGGCUUGCCAUUGUCUUCAUCUUCAGGCUCUUGGUCUUCUUGGUGGCUUGUGAAAAGGUCUGGGGCGACGAACAAAAGGACUUUGAUUGCAACACCCGCCAGCCUGGUUGUCAAAAUGUCUGCUAUGACCACUACUUCCCCAUCUCUUACACCCGACUCUGGGCUCUCCAGCUGAUCUUUGUGACUUGUCCAUCCCUUCUCGUGACUCUCCACGUUUCCUACAGAAAAGACCGGGAGCGUAAGCACCGGCUAAAGUACGGAGAAGACUGCACACCUCUGUAUGAUAACACAGGAAAGAAACGAGGGGGUCUCUGGUGGACCUACUUUUUCAGCCUGCUGUUCAAGAUAACUGUGGAUGGCGUGUUUGUCUUCCUGCUGUUUUACCUCUACGAAGCUGCCUUCUUUCCUCCACUGGUGAAAUGCAGAGAAGAGCCAUGUCCCAAUGUGGUGGACUGCUACAUUGCGAGGCCAACGGAAAAGAAGAUAUUUACUGUCUUUAUGGUGGUGACCAGCUUUGUGUGCAUUUUCCUCACUCUUUGUGAGGUGUUAUAUCUGUGUGGGAAGAGGUUCCGGGAAUGCUGCAAAAAAGGACCUCGCUCCAUGAGAGACAACUCCUUCAUGAUGACCAGAGUUCCUCUGAGUGGUAAUGAAAACUCAGCCUACAAAGAACCGGUUCUGGAGAAGAGUGUGACCAAUGGAGAACCGGGCCAGAAGGGUUCAGCCCCGCCCUACACCAUAGCCUGAGCUCAUUAUGUCCUGAGAGACAUAAUGAAUUUUUAAAUAUCAGAAUCAGAAUCAUCAGUAAAUGCUUACAAACAGAUGAUGUUGGUUAUUUUGAAACCAAUUUUACAUUUUAACUAUUUUAUGUUUUUGUUCCCCAACAUUGAUGUGUUGAGCA